AUGAGCGAUCGCCAAGCCGGAUCGUCAUCGACAAGAUCGGGUUCCCAGUCAUCUCGGAAAAAAGCCACGCGUUAUCAGCCUAUAGUGAGCUGUCUGGAAUGUAGAAGGAUGAAAUGGAAAUGUGACCGUCAAUUCCCAUGUGCGAAUUGCCGCAAACGCGGGCUGGAAUCUCUCUGUCCAAAUGGUCAACUUCGAUCAUUACGAGGACAAUAUGAGCAGACGUCAGAAGAUAUUGAGAAUCUGAAGAAAAGGAAUGCUCUGUUAAAAGAAGCUUUGGAAGAAGCAUUGCGUCAGGGGUUUGAGAUCUCUGGCUUAAGAAACGGCUUAGACGAUAUAUCGGUGGUGGACGCUAGACCUACUGGAAUGGUCACUUCGGCUAUGUCUACGGAAAGAUACGCACAAGCAUUGGUAGAAAGAGAGAGCAGUACUGAGGAAUCAACACAUGGUCACCUCAUUGUAGGAGAUGAGCCAGGCUCGUCCUCCUUUUUCGGUAACGCUGGUGCUCAUUACCACCUUCACGUCUCAGGCGAAGGGUCAGACUCGCCGUUGCGAGGGGAACGCCCGUUCAUUGCAGAUGAUAUAUCAGCCGAGCGGUCCGAUACUUUUCCAUUUCCCAAUCUAGCUCCUAUCACGGUGGAAAACCUACUACUGCUCUCACCCAGUAGACACGAUGCUGAGAGAUGGUCAAGGAUAUAUUUCGAGGACGCAGCGAUCCUACAUCAUAGCGUUGACCCUCAAAUUUAUUGGACAAAUGUCUUCCCGCGUCUGUUCGGCAAUGCUACUACCGCUGAUCAAGCGCGAGGGCUGUCACUCAACAGCCACGAGCUGGGACUAGUCUUCCUUGUCUUGGCUUGUGGUGCAGCAAUGGAUACAAGCCUUCCGCCAUACAACGAGAUCGCUGAACGCUUUUUCCGCUUAGGACGUACAGCGUUGUCCAUAAACCCUGGGGACUCCUUACCUUUCAUACAGUCGAUUCACAUCAUGAGUCGCUACCUGUCCAACUCUUUCAAAGGGCCAAAGACAACUCUCGGAUUCUGGACUCAUUUGGGUAUGGCUGUUAGAAGCGCACAAUCUAUGGGUCUACACAGAGAUGGUCUUCGGUGGAAUCUGAGCGAUGAGGAGCUGGAGAUGCGUCGAAGAUUAUUCUGGGAGAUCUACACCGAAGACAUUUUGCAAUCCAUGACACAAGCGAGGCCACGUCUUCAUCAUUAUAAAUAUCGCCUCGCUCGAAUCCUUUCCAAGGUGAAUGACGUCCAGGUCAAUGUUGUCCCCUCGCAAUACAAAGAUGUUCUAGCAAUUCAUGACCUGCUAAAGAAGUUCGAGGAGGAGCUACCGCCUGUCCUUCGUACCAAUCAUGUCAUCGGUCCUCACAUGGAUCGUAGUGCUCACUACCAAAGAAUGACUCUGCGACUGCUCAUAACGGAAGGUUCUCAUGAACCGUUGACUUCCCCCUUCCGGUUCAGCUACGUGGCAGAAUUAGAAGCCUCACGCGUGAUCUUGCUCAUAUUACAGGAUGCACUAGCUAUGGAGGAUCAGCUUGCUUACCGAUUCUUGAUCUUUUUCUUCCAUGCGUUCACUGCGAUUGUGAAUUUCGCUGCUGUGGUGAUUCGAUCACCACGAUCCUCUUUAGCAAUGGCGUCGUUGAUUCAAGCAGAACAUGGCGUGCGCCUUUUCGAAUCGAUCCCCGAUGGUUUUCGAGCCCGGAAUGAUCUACCAUUGAUACGCAAGCUGCUGGACGAAGCCAGGAAGAGUAUUGAAAGUCUCAACAAUGAGAAUAGGCAGCAGUCUGAGAUCGAUGUCAACUCCUUCGGUUUCGGAACCAAACUUGUGCGCCUCUCAACGAAACCAUUGGCACAGGCAGAAGCUAUCAAUCCGUCCGCGCAGAAUGGCAAAAGUUUCGGUCUCGACUUCAACUUCCCUACCACUUUGGCGGACGCCUUCGAAUUGACCAACCAGGCGGAUCCUUCGUUGGAGCAGAAUUUUUCUUCGGAGUAUGCAGUCCCAACCUUCAGCGAAGACGAUCAUCUUUUCGAUUGGCUCUCUGCAGAUUGGACUUCUGCGUUCGUCUCAUCCGAUCAGUAUCACGCUGUAGAUCAGUCUGGCACCGCUGCCAGGGUGGAAGAGGAUUUUGUGAAUUUGAUGACAAGCAUUGGUCUAUUCGCAUCUAAUGAUCAAACAUAG